AAGAUGGCGGAGUAGCAACGCGAAGCGGGUAGUGAGGCAAGAUGCCGAAUAUUAAAAUCUUCAGCGGCAGCUCCCACCAGGACUUAUCCCAGAAAAUUGCUGACCGCCUGGGCCUGGAGCUAGGCAAGGUGGUGACUAAGAAAUUCAGCAAUCAAGAGACCUGUGUGGAGAUUGGAGAAAGCGUACGUGGAGAGGAUGUCUACAUUGUUCAGAGUGGUUGUGGCGAAAUCAAUGACAAUCUAAUGGAGCUUUUGAUCAUGAUUAAUGCCUGCAAGAUUGCCUCAGCCAGCCGGGUUACUGCAGUCAUCCCAUGCUUCCCUUAUGCCCGACAGGAUAAGAAGGAUAAGAGCCGGGCUCCAAUCUCAGCCAAGCUGGUGGCAAAUAUGCUCUCUGUAGCAGGCGCGGAUCAUAUUAUCACCAUGGACCUGCAUGCUUCUCAGAUUCAGGGCUUUUUUGAUAUCCCAGUGGACAAUUUGUAUGCAGAGCCAGCUGUCCUGAAGUGGAUAAGGGAGAACAUCUCUGAGUGGAGGAACUGUACUAUUGUGUCACCUGACGCUGGUGGAGCGAAGAGAGUGACCUCCAUUGCAGACCGGUUGAACGUGGACUUCGCUCUGAUUCACAAAGAGCGGAAGAAGGCCAACGAAGUAGACCGCAUGGUGCUGGUGGGAGACGUGAAGGACCGGGUGGCCAUCCUGGUGGACGACAUGGCUGACACGUGUGGCACAAUCUGCCACGCAGCCGACAAACUUCUUUCAGCUGGAGCCACCAGAGUUUAUGCGAUCUUGACUCACGGAAUCUUUUCGGGCCCGGCCAUUUCCCGCAUUAACAGCGCAUGCUUUGAAGCAGUAGUAGUCACCAAUACCAUACCUCAGGAGGAUAAGAUGAAGCAUUGCUCCAAAAUACAGGUGAUCGACAUCUCCAUGAUCCUGGCAGAAGCCAUCAGGAGAACUCACAACGGGGAGUCCGUUUCCUACCUGUUCAGCCACGUCCCUUUAUAAUAGAGUAACUGCUGAGGCUUUUUACGAAGAAAGUGAACCCCGCCCCCUCGUUUUCCCUUGGUAUUUGAUGACAAAUUCCGCAGAAGGCCCAGCUUGCCUCUGGCGAAGCUUUCUCCACCCCUCAUCGGGUAUAUUAGCAUUUCUCCUAAAUGUAGAGAAAGACGAUCGAUGGAGAUGAACUGCUGAG